ACCCGCUGAAUACCAGGAUUCAGCUGACUGAGAUCGAGGAGCUGAAGCAAAAAAUCAAGAAAACGGACAACUCCCAGUGCCUGAAAAACUCCGUCAGGGUCGUCGCCACCGUCUAAGGGUCGGUCUAAUUGAGCUCAAGAGUGUCCAUCUGCGAUCUGUCCGUUGGCAAAAAAGGCGAGGGCUGAGGAGUCUAUUUAUUUAUCUUGCUCAAGCUUCUUUCUCCGCCUCUCAAAGGUGUCUAGGCCUCGCUGCUUCCGGCGUAUCUGAAAACGUGCUUUUUCCUUGCGACGCGUCAUGUCUGUUAACCUCUCCUCUCCUCUUCUCCAAGCCGGCCAUGUCUCAUCCCAACGAUGCUCAUUAACUUCCGCUUCUCCUCAAAAACUUCAUCGCUCGUUCGUCAAGCACCAGCCCUGGCGGCCCUUUGCGCCGUCCGUCCGCUGCUCAGCUUCGAGAUCCGGAGGCGGAGACGAGGACCAGGCUGUGAAGGAAGAAGUAGAGCGUCUGUUGGAGGAGAAGCAGAGGCCGGAGGUCGCCGCUUGCGUCGACUUCGGCGAAUACACCGUCCCACAACCCGGUUGGGUGCUUGCGUUGAGAAAUGGGCUUUCUAAGCUGGGGCCGCCGGGGGAGUUCCUUGAAGGCUUGUUGUCAAGAUGGGCCACCGGAGGCGGUGAAACACGACGCCUUGAGAUCCCUCAAGUGAAACAGUCAAUCAAUGCCAUCACCAGUCAGUCUUUCUUCAUCCCUCUCUACCAUCUCUUCCUCACGUAUGGAGGCAUAUACCGCCUCACCUUUGGUCCCAAGUCCUUUCUGAUUGUUUCCGAUCCACAAAUCGCCAAACAUAUAUUAAAGGACAAUGCUAAGGCUUAUUCCAAGGGUAUACUGGCUGAAAUUUUGGAGUUUGUGAUGGGAACGGGUUUGAUCCCAGCUGACGGUGAGAUUUGGCGUGUCAGGAGACGUGCAAUUGUGCCAGCUUUGCAUCAGAAGUAUGUUGUUGCCAUGAUCAAACUGUUCGGAGAAGCUUCAUAUAAGCUAUGCAAGAAGUUGGAUGUUGCAGCCUCAGAUGGGGAGGAUGUGGAAAUGGAAUCACUCUUUUCGCGGUUGACACUUGAUGUAAUUGGAAAGGCAAUUUUCAAUUAUGAGUUUGAUUCCUUAACACAUGAUAAUGGGAUUGUUGAGGCAGUUUAUAUUGUUCUUCGGGAAGCAGAGAUGCGAAGUACUGCUCCGAUUCCUACUUGGGAGAUUCCAAUUUGGAAAGACAUCUCUCCAAGGCAGAAGAAGGUCUCACAGGCCCUCAAGUUGAUAAAUAGCACACUUGAUGAUCUCAUUGCUAUCUGCAAGAAAAUGGUAGAGCAAGAGGAAUUGCAAUUCCAUGAAGAAUACAUGAAUGAACAAGAUCCUAGCAUUCUACACUUCCUACUUGCUUCUGGCGAUGAUGUAUCUAGCAAGCAGCUAAGGGAUGAUCUCAUGACAUUGCUUAUAGCUGGCCAUGAGACAUCUGCUGCAGUACUAACAUGGACAUUUUAUCUUCUUUCUAAGUCACCAGAGGUAGUGGCCAAGCUCCAAGAUGAGGCUGAUUCUGUUUUAGGGGAUCGAUUUCCAACAAAUGAGGAUUUGAAGAAGCUGAAGUAUACUACUCGAGUGAUUAAUGAAUCAUUGCGACUUUAUCCACAACCCCCUGUCUUAAUUCGUCGUUCUCUUGAAGAUGAUAUGCUCGGCGAGUACCCCAUAAAAAGGGGUGAAGAUAUUUUUAUCUCUGUGUGGAAUCUCCAUCGAAGUCCUAAGCAUUGGGUCGAUGCUGAGAAAUUCAAUCCAGAGAGAUGGUUGUUGGACGGGCCAAACCCAAACGAGAGCAAUCAAAACUUCAGUUACUUGCCAUUUGGUGGUGGACCGAGGAAAUGUGUUGGAGACAUGUUUGCUACAUUUGAGACAGUGGUUGCAACAGCAAUGCUGGUUAGAAGAUUCGACUUCCAAAUAGCCCCAGGAGCUCCUCCGGUAGCGAUGACCACUGGCGCGACGAUCCAUACAACCGAAGGUUUGCAGAUGACAGUCACACGGAGAACAAUCCCACCGAUCAUCCCUAAUUUGGAGACCAAAGAACUAACAUUCGAUGGUAAUCAACGACUCAGAUCAAACCUCCCGGAAGCAACAUCAGUUAUCAGCAGUGUACAUGAAGAGGAUCAACAAGGUGAAAUCUCUACAGCCCCUGUUUCAUAAGAAUCUGAUCGGGCUAUUUUUGAAAGCUUGGCUCAUCGUAAUACUUCGAUAGCUCUACUCUCAGAUUUGCAUUGUCCGAAGUUCUUUCGUGUUAUAUACAGUGUAAACCCAAUGAAGCUCACAAUCAAAGUGAAAAAAAUGUUAUGUAUAGCCUUCAUUGGAAAAACUUUAGUUUGAAUUAAAUAUUGACACUAGCAUGUUGAGCAUGCCGGUCCUCUUCAAUUACUAGGAUUUGCCAAGCUAGUAAAGUUCCUUCUGUAGCACUAGUGACAAAGUUUUGGAAUUCAAGUGUUGGUCUGAA